AUGUCCGAUCCGGCGACCUUGGCCGUCAAGGAAAGAGUUACGCUGAUUCCUGAUGAUGAGUUGAUGGACCGGGCGGCCCCCCGCAGCGGAAAGGUGGCCGCCACAUUGACGGACGGGCGCACGGUAGAGCACUUUACUCCCCAUGCCUACGGCACCAAGGAAAACCCGAUGUCAACGGAGGAUGUCAACUCCAAGACCCGCUUGUUAUUGACGCCGGUCCUGGGUAGAUCGAAGACAGAAGCGAUUAUUGAUCGAGUGAACAGCCUGGAGCAAGUUGCCGACGUUCGAGAAUUAAUACCCUUGUUGACCGUGUCUGCCGAAGAAAUGGCAAACGUUACUUCUGCCCAUUAG